UCAUCGUCAGCAGGGGGAUCAGAUGCUUGAAGCCGUCUAGCCAAUAGCUGCAUUCUGUUGCAGGGAGGUCAGCGCAUUGUCUAUUCCUGCAUACGCUUUGGGAGUCACAGGAGAGCGAGCUCCGCAUCCUCCUUUCAGCCUGAGAUACUGCGUAUAUACUGUCACACCUGAAUCGCAGCAGAGACAAGCCCUUUUCAGCUUUUGAAAAUGAAGUUUGGGGGGAGUCAGUCCUCUGGGACAUGUGUGGAAACCAAAACUGUAACAGCAAAAGACAUUGGAGCCGAUAGAGUAAUGACUGAUGACAUCUUUGAUACUACCUACUGUGAGAAGGCAGGUCCAAAGCCACCCAUGGUAAUAGUGUGGAGGAAUGUCAUACUGAUGUCUCUACUGCAUCUUGGAGCGCUGUACGGGGUUUUCUAUUUGCCAUCAGCAAAGCCUCUCACACUGGUUUGGGCAAUCUUUUGCUUUAUGUCAAGUGCACUGGGAGUGACAGCUGGCGCACAUCGUCUCUGGAGUCAUCGAUCUUACAAGGCCAAAUUGCCCUUAAGGAUAUUUUUGGCAGUUGCAAACUCCAUGGCAUUUCAGAACGACAUUUACGAGUGGGCUCGAGAUCACCGUGGCCAUCACAAAUAUUCUGAAACUGAUGCAGACCCACACAAUGCUUCUCGAGGCUUCUUCUUUUCACACAUUGGCUGGCUUCUUAUGAGGAAGCACCCAGAUGUAAUAGAAAAAGGAGGUAAACUUGACUUGAGUGAUCUCAGAGCGGACAAAGUGGUGAUGUUCCAGAGAAGACAUUAUAAGAAGAGCAUCCUGGUGAUGUGUUUCAUUGUACCCACCAUGAUUCCUUGGUACUUCUGGGGUGAAUCUUUGGCUGUUGCCUUCUAUAUCCCAUGCAUUCUACGUUACGCAUUAGUCCUCAAUGCAACAUGGCUGGUUAACAGUGCAGCUCACAUGUUUGGAAACCGGCCAUAUGAUAAGAACAUCAACCCCAGGGAGAACACGCUAGUUGCCCUGGGAGCUAUAGGUGAAGGCUUCCAUAACUACCAUCACACGUUCCCGUUUGACUACUCUUCCAGUGAAUUCGGAAUCCGGUUAAACCUGACCACAUGCUUUAUUGACCUUAUGGGCCUCUUGGGCUUGGCCAGUGACUGCAAAAUGGUAUCUAAAGAAACAAUACUGGCUCGGAAAAUGCGCACUGGUGAUGGAAGCCACAGGAGUGGUUGAAACAAAAAUGAGGGAAAAAAGAAAAUUUAGUUUGCUAAUAUAUUAAAAACAUCUAGCAGGAAGCUAAAUAUCUUUACUGUAAUAUGAUCCAACUCAGUGUUAAUUUAAUGAUGUAUUUGAAGUAAUUAUAUCUCCACCCUUGGGCUUAUUAUAAGGUCUCUUGCUUCUUUAUCUCCCAUUUGCCUUCCUGUUUCUGUGUUUUCCUAAAUUGUUUUCUUUAUAUUCUACUUUCUCUUUUAUUACUGUAUUGCGCAAAUAUUUUUGUUCUCCUUUUUCUUUCACCUUUUUUCACCCCGUACUUCAUUUCUCAUUUGAAGUUGGUAUACAAAUUAUUGGUCUAAUACCACAAGACCUAACCUACUCUAACAGAUUUUCUAAUAGUUUUUUUUUUUUUAACCCUUUUAUUUUGCAAGAAACCCUGCAGUAAAAAGAAAGCAGGCAAAAUGCAGAAAGAUAAAAUAAAUCAAAUCGGUAUGUUAUUUAGUCCAGCAAUCUGGUAGGCACUUAGGUGUUUUUAACCAUAAUGGAUUGACUACAAAAAUGCACAAAUGAAAGUAAACAAAAGUUACAGUUUGCAUACUUACCUACUUACUUUAAAAUGUAGACUUUUUAAAGUGAAAAAUGUUCAGUAAUUGUUUUGCAUGUGUACUUAAACAUCUAUAAAUGUAUUAUUUUUUCUGAGCUUACAUUUGACAAUUGCUGUCUUAAGUACUAGCCAAAACCCCACAUUGUUUCUUACUUAUAUCACUGACUGCUUCUCAGGCUCGCUACAGAAAUAUUGAAUUACAAUUACCAAGUGGAACAAGUGCCAUUUUUAAAAAAAAGUUUGUAUAUGGGGGGAGGGGAUCGAAAACAUUUUUGUAUUUAAUUUGAUUUUCUCUGCCUCUUUAAAAACAGAAAAUAGUUUAAACUCCUUGCCAGUUCUUCAUUGUGGUACUACUACUGAUUAAAUUGUAGACAAUUGGCAGGCAGAGAUUACAAGGAUGUCUGUUUGGCUCUAGAAGUACUGUGACUAUCGAUGACUGAGAAGUUUUCACUUUUUGCAAAUCAAGAACCGUUUUGGGCACACUCUGCUGCCAUACUGAUCUUAUAUCUUAAUCUCCAAAACAACUGCCCCCUGUUGCAUCAUUUUAGUCUAAUCCAGAUAAUUAACUCAAAAAACUAUCAUGUGAAUAGUAACAAGUGUUUAGUGUGUGAAAUGGACGAUUUGAAGUAUUCCGAGAGGCAUAUAUGGAAAAAAUGAGCUUUUUGCUGGCCAGGCUGGUGUCUGUACCAUUUAACAUUUUGUAAUUUUUUCAUUUGAAUUCUUUGCCAGAGGUGUGCGCGACACAUAGUAAAGCAUUUGGUUGCAAGUCCCUCUGGUACAAAAAAUAUUGAAAAAGCCCAUGAUACUUUUGCAACGGUGUUGCCCUAAACGAAAUACCAAAACAGAUAUAUAGCACUUAAUUGCACCAAAUCCUUAUUUAAGCUUUUGCGAGAUGUUUCCCUAAUUAUUUGCAUGUGUGUUUGAUGCAUCUUAAACCAAGUGCCUGGUAUUUGCUUUCUAAUUAAAUUAGAGGUAGUGAAAUACAUUGCCCAAUAAAAUUUCAGUUUUGUAGGUUGACAAGGCUAGACUAAAAAGAUAUAUAGGCCGCUUUUAUUAUUAGGAUUAUGAUGGUUUAGUUUAAUAUUAGCUGAAGCGAAGGUGAACCCUUUUCUCGGGAGAUAUAUCCCGGUGAUAUAUCACCUGCACUACUACCCACAGGUUAAAAGUCAUGUUAAAUGUGAGUUUGCAAAGCAACAAAUUAGCACUUUUUCAGAAAUUAUGUAAAUUUCAAAAUUAUGCCUUGCAUGUGGUGCAUUUGUAGCUCUAACAUAAUAAAUAUGUCAGAUGUGAUGUCGCUUUUGAAUUCUACAGGGCAAAUGACACAAGAAAAAUGUAUCAUCAGUCCAAAAUCCUAACAUGAUAUAUAGGUCAUCAUAGCAAACGUAAUGCAGUUGUUGAUGGUUUCUGGAUGGCCAGUGUUGUUUAUCUCCCAAUAUGUUCAUGAUAAAUGCAUAAUAAAAUACGUAAACAU